UAAAAACAGCUGUUUGUUGUUAUCCAAAAAAAUAUAUGGUUGAGAAAGAUAUUUUUCGCUUCUCUGUACCAAAAAUUCACUUGAUUUUGUGGACACAAAUUUAUUGUUUAUAUUAAUUGAUUAUUAAAUUUAUUAACUUUUCUAUUCUUCAUCUAUUACUAAAGAACGUUGAAUUGUAAUUGCAAAUGGAAGCAGUAGCUUUGCCAGCCGACACAGUGACCCGGUCACAAACUGAAGUUAUUACUCAGGAAGACGUCUUAGAUACGUCGUCCCAACCAGUUUUAAGGCUACGCUUAAAAAAACCUAAAAGCGACAAAAAAGUUGUCUGGCAUGAAGGUACCGUCGACAAUGAACAUAUGAACAAAAAGAAAUCCAAAUGUUGUUGUAUAUACAAAAAACCUGUAGCUUUUGGUGAAAGUUCUUCGGAAGACGAUGAAGAAUGUGAACAUUGUUUUGGACAUCCUGAAAAGCGGCGUAGGAAUCGUAAACCCGAAGAUGGUGGAGAAGAACAUCAACAUGAUGACAACGAACCCUGUCCGCAUGAUGAACACAAAGAUGCUGCUUAAUUUAAACAGUAAUUUAAAACUAAUAAUUUUAUAUUUAAUCGUUUAAAUUAUAUUAAAAUAUAUAAGAACACACAAAAUAAAACAAGAAAUCCUCAUUAAACAUUAAAAAUAAUUGUAAAAACGCCAAUGAAACAGUUUACUUACUUUUUUGUUCGUAAAUUCCUAGAAUUAAUUAAAAAAUCAUUAAAAUUUUUCAAAUCUCAUUUUAAAUAGUUGUCUUUUUUCUGUAAUUUAUUAGCAAAAUAUAUAUAUUUAAUAACAAGUUACACAUUAAGAUUUGUUAAACAUAAAAAAGUAAAAAAAA